GUUGUGUUAUCUCAUUCUAUAUAUAUUUCCAGUUCCAGUACUUCUCUCAAUCUCUCCAGACUCCAGUGUCGUGUUAUUGUUGGCAGGAGAAUUAGAAUAAACGCCGAACGAAAAAAUUAUAACUGAACUGCUUUUGGACUCGUUUUCUAGCAUUGAAAAUCAAACAAACAUACACAUUGAGACUCUGAAUUCGAUAAAGAUGAAGAUAAGGCUCUUAAUAAUUCUCAGUAUUUGUUGCUGGAUGACUGCAGAAUGUAUGAUGCUCAAUGCUGUCAACAAAAGUGAAGAAUCACGGCAAGAAUACAGACCCGAAGGCCCAUUGGUUAUGUGCAAAUAUUUGCCUAAGGAGUUUAUAGAAUGCGAAGAACCAAUUGAUCAUAAAGGAAACAAAACUGCCAAAGAUGAAGCCGGCUUUGGAUGUGUCAAGUUUGGAGGCUCCCGCUACGAAGAUGUGGAAAAAACAGAAGUGUCUUGUACAGUUUUGCCGGAUAUAGAAUGCUUUGGACCAAGAACAUUCUUUAAAGAAGGUGUUCCCUGUAUCAGAUACAGUGGACAUUAUUUUGCCACCACAUUGCUCUACAGUAUUUUGCUCGGUUUUCUGGGGAUGGAUCGUUUUUGUCUUGGACAGACAGGAACAGCAGUAGGGAAAUUAUUAUCGCUGGGCGGUUUGGGAGUUUGGUGGAUAGUUGACAUGAUAUUGCUGGUGACAAAUUCUCUCCAGCCUGAAGAUGGCAGCAAUUGGAAUCCUUAUGUAUGAAGAUUGAGGAUAAAACAUCAAAGCAAGGCUGUAUUUAUACCUAAGUAUUGUAAAUAUGUACAAAACUGAAAUCACGUCAUUGUCACAAUUGAUGUGAUUUGUAAAACUCAAUUGUUAUUUAAUGUGAAAAAAAUAAAACUUAAAAGCCGUUAUGGAGCUAAAAGGGGGAUAGAGUGACAAAUGUACUAAUUUUCAAUGAGGUAUUUUUUAUUGAUUUUAGUAAUUCACGAAAUCCGGUUUUAUUACGUUGAACAACGUAAGUUUAAAACUUCACUUCACUUGAUCACAUUCAUUGAAGCUCGAAUCGCGACGCAUAAGCGAAAAUAAAAUUAUAUAAAUGAAACAUUUUUCAUCGUUGUGCUUAUCAGAGAUUGUAAAAUUGUAGAUGAUGGAUCUUUUCAAUCGAUUAAUUCAAAGGAUCGGAAAAAGCUCUUUUCAAAAGAAAUUGAAUAUAUUUCAACUCUGGGAAAAUAAUUUAAUGACAAUAAAAUGGUAUCCAGAUUCCACAUGAUAAAUCAUAGAUUAUACAAGCGGUAAAAAGUUUCAUAGUCGCGAUUGGUAUCCAAUUAAUUUAUAUUGUAUACAGUUGUGAGUUGCACCGAAUUCGUAUCAUAAUUCGUAAUCGUCCGGAUGAUACAGUUCACUCAGCAAUCGAUAAAUGUACGAUGGUGCGUUCCCACCUCUGAAAAAUAAAUGAAAAUAAAAUAAGCAUAAUUUUCGAAAAGAA